UCACUUUUUUCAAUACAAAUUUUCAAUGUAUUUGCCGCAUCUAACUAUUAUUCUUUUUUAAAAAGCCUUGUUUGUAUACUACUAUUAUCACAUCAUUGAAGGGAUUGAUUGAAGUUUAAUUUCGAAGUGCAUCUUUCCAGAGGAUACAAUUCUGUGUUAUUGUUUCGUGUACAAUGAAAAAGUGAAUACAAGUUUCCUGCUGUGGCAAGGUGAAGUUGUUGAGUUUUCUCAAUUUUAUAAGCAUAUUUAAUUAAGUGUUCUGUAACAAUUUGGAGACAAGGAAAAGGAUUUCGAAAGAAAAACAAUAGGAAUGGAUGUCCAAGAGUUUCGAUCGCGUGGAAAGGAAAUGGUGGAAUAUAUUUGCACGUUUAUGAGCGAUAUUCACAGUCGAAGAGUGACCCCGGAUGUUGGUCCGGGAUACCUAAGACCGCUUCUUCCAUCAGAACCACCCCAUGAACCAGAACCGUGGGAUAACAUCAUGAAGGAUGUUGAAUCCAAAAUCAUGCCAGGGAUUACACACUGGCAGCAUCCAAGGUUUCACGCGUACUUUCCUGCUGGGAAUUCCUUUCCUUCCAUUCUUGGUGACAUGCUAUCAGAUGCUAUUGGGUGCAUCGGAUUUUCUUGGGCUGCCAGUCCUGCUUGCACGGAAUUGGAGACAAUAGUUUGCGAUUGGUUAGCAAAAGCUAUUGGCCUGCCGAACGACUUCAUGUAUUUCAACGAAAGCAGUAAAGGAGGUGGUGUAAUACAGGGUUCAGCAUCAGAAUGCAUAUUAGUUUGCAUGUUGGCUGCAAGAGCACAAGCCAUAGCUAGACUUAAGGAAUCUCCGGCUCAUUCGCAUUUAGACGAAACUGCUCUGCUUGGAAAAUUAAUGGCUUACUGUAGUCGUGAAAGUCAUAGUUGUGUUGAAAAAGACGCGAUGAUAUGCUUCGUAAAGCUAAGAAUCUUGGAACCGGAUGAAAAAAGUGUUCUGAGAGGUGAAACUCUGCGACAGGCAAUCGAGGCUGAUGUGGCAGAGGGAUACGUGCCAUUUUUUGUUUCUACGACUCUUGGUACAACUGCGUGUGUUUCAUUCGAUAAUUUGAAGGAAAUUGGACCUCUCUGCAGAAAAUAUCCAGGAAUCUGGUUACACGUUGAUGCAGCCUAUGCAGGAAAUGCUUUUAUUUGUCCUGAAUUAAAGUACCUGAUGGAAGGCAUCGAAUAUGCGGACUCGUUUAACACAAAUCCCAACAAGUUUCUAUUAACGAAUUUCGAUUGCUCCUGUCUUUGGGUUCGAGAUAGAUUUAAACUAACGAGUGCCCUAGUCGUCGACCCUCUUUAUCUUCAGCACACUCACGCUGACACAACCAUUGAUUACAGACAUUGGAGUAUACCCCUGAGUAGGCGAUUUCGAUCUCUAAAGUUAUGGUUCGUUAUCAGAAAUUACGGCAUUUCUGGUCUACAGGCUUAUAUUCGUAAUCACGUUCAACUCGCAAAACGUUUCGAAUUCCAUGUUAAUAAUGACUGGAGAUUUGAAGUCUGCAAUGAAGUUGUGCUGGGUCUCGUGUGUUUUCGAGCCAAAGGUUCAGAUGUAUUAAAUCAAAAACUUUUAAGCGCAAUUAACGAUUCUGGAAAAAUACACAUGAUUCCAGCAAGGGUUAAUCAAAGGUACACGAUUAGAUUUGCCCUCGCAGCACCGAACGCUACGAACGAUGAUGUUGAUACGGCGUGGGGUGUCAUCACGGAUUACCUAUCAGAAAUUCUAGAAUCUAAGGAUGUUAUGGAUGAACUGGCUGUUAUGAGGGAAAAGAAGAGAAAGGCUACUUUGGAACAAAGAAGGUCGUUUUUCGUACGAAUGGUUUCUGAUCCAGCUAUUCAACCAGGAUUUACUAAAACACCAAAUAGAACAGCUAAGCUCGAUACUCAAGCUACUAUUGGUGGCAUAGGUUCCAACCCAGCCACCACACGCUCGUGGAUUUCCUGGCCGCUUGCUUAUCUCAUGCAAGCAAAGGACGCUACCGAUACAAGUGAACUAUCUCUCAGGUUUCGUCAUUUGGACACAAUGGUGAGAUUAAAAACUGGAGGAACCGGAAGUCGUCGAGGAAGUAGUAGUGGUGUUAGUCCAGAACCUUCUCCGUCCGUUUCACCUUCACGUGGAAGAUCACCGAAUGGCCGAACGUAAUGAGGCCAACGACUGUUCCAAAAGCUCAAUCUUAAGAGCAAGUAACAUUUAUCCGAUUCCUAUCUUACCGACUUUGUUUGAAGCCACCCACAUCCAGAUGAAAUUAUAUAUCAAGUAGAAAGUUUGGAAAAUUAAAUAAAUGGAAGUAAGGAAGGGUACUUCCUUAUUUUUAUAAUUAAGGGCCCGAAUGCAAUAAAGGGACGAGCGCUCGAAAACGCGAAAAAGUGAUUUUCUAAGUGUCUCGCGAUUUUCUAAAUUAAAAAAUAUUUUAAUCUAAUUUUUUGUAAUAUGGGCUAAUGUAGAAUAACAAUGAUAAGAUCCAUUUUUUCUAUUUUAAGUUUUUUUCGAUGAAUAAUGUCAUCGGAAAAACUCAUCAGAAAAAAACUUUGAAUAAAAAAAAGUUUAGCCUUAUCAUUCUCUACAAAACCGUAUAUUUUUAAAUUUAAAUUUUGGAAGUUUAAAAUUUGGAUAUCACACCAUUCUUGGACAAUUCUUUUUAGCUUUUUCGAGAGCUUGUCCAUUUUUGCAUCCGGAUCUACAACUCGAUAUUUCAUUUCGUGUGGACGCGUGAUUCUUAAAAACGUUUUGAUAAGGUAGAAAUGGGAUAAGUAUUACGUGCUCUUAAGAAAAUCAAAGAAACAGUCGCAAUCAAGAUUGAGCACUUGAUAAAGUUCCACAAGGUUAAUUAAAAUCUUGAUACAAGAUUAGUUCUCCAAUGUUCCAAAUAUGGAUAUUCAUCUUGCGAGGCUCAAUUCGCGAAACCGCAAGGAUCUAGAAAAAAACCUACUGACAGACUUUAAAAUAUUAAAUAUAAGUAAUUUUGAAUUGUGGUUUUGCAAUACCAAAGACAGCUUGAAAGAUUUCCCGCGAAACGGAAAGUUAAUAUAUAAGAUACAAGUUCUAUGCUUUCAAAAAAUUGUCAUACAAUUUUUUAGAUCUUGAGUGACUUGAGCAUCUAAAAAUCUAGGUGUGAGUUAAGCAAGUUAAAAUUUUAUUAGAAAAAAAGUAUUAAAAAAUAAGUUUUCUCAAAAAAUUAGGAAGUCAACGUUUUUUUAAUUACUUUUACUAAAGAUAAUAAGGAAUAUACCUAUUCAAAAGUUAUUUUUAAAACGUUAGAACUUAAAUUAAGCUAUAGCUAAAUGAAAUGCUUCAUUGAAUUUUGAUAAAUCAUACGUGUUGAUUUUUUUUAGACAAAUAACAAAUUUUGAAUACAAAUCAGUGUCAUUAGCAAGGAUUUAGUGUAGUAUUAUGUGCUACACUUAGACUUUUGUGCAAAUUAAAUUAU